AUGUGCGACAGAAUGCCAGACCUGCUGGCUCGGGUGGGGCUUGGGACGGAGGCGGAGGAGGUCUGGAAGCAGCAGGCUCGGCAGCAGGGGAAAGACUUGGUCGGGAACAUGCGUAUGUGCUCUGGAGAAGGGGUUAUCUCGUGCUUAAAUCUGCUGCAUGAGACGGAGCAGGCGACCAAAGAGGAGGGAGUGGAUAGCAGUAGCAGCGGUGGCAGCAGCGGUGGCAGCAGCAGCAGCAGCGGUGGCAGCAGCAGCAGCAGCAGCAGCAGCGACAGCGGCAGCAGCAGAAGGGGGAAGCGGCCAGUGGUGGCACUCCUGUGGCUGGCAGGCAGCCACGUGGCGGAGCGUGAUUGGCAGGAGCUUCUGGCGGAGGUGAAUGAGAGCGGGUCGCUGCGGCUGCUGUGUGCUGAUGGCUCAUGCUCCGAUAUCCGCCUGGACUCGCUCUGCUGGUAUGCUACCCUCUGCCGUGACUGCAUGCUGCUGCCACCUGGCUCUCUCUGGCUGCGUCAGCACCGCACUGAUGACGUGGCAUGGCUUGCAGGGCUCAUGGCGCGCCACGUCCUCAUGCACACGUGGAACAUCUCCCUCCCGUUGGCGCAACCUCUUUCCCCUCCUCCUCCUCCGCCUCCUCCUCCUCUGGAGCAGAGGGAGACGCAAGAGAAUACGCAGUGGUCGGGAUGGGUGCAGCUCUUCUCACAUCUGUCAAGAAAGGUCACCUUUCACAUGCACCGGGUCCUCCUCCACAUCAGCCACUCACUGCCUGCCACGUCACAUGCUGCUGCCACAUCACACACUGCUGCCACGUCACACACUGCUGCCACGUCACACACUGCUGCCACGUCACAUACUGAUGCGCCUGCCACGUCAGCUCCCGAAGCUGCAACCACCACUGCCGCUGUCACGAGAACUGGCAUCAACACCAUCGUCACACACCCUUCCUCCAUCCCCUCCAUCCCUUCCCUCCCCUCCCCUUCCUCCCUCCCCUCCCUCUCCUCCUCUUCCUCCCUCUCCUCCCUCCCCCACCUCUCCUCCCUCUCCACCUCCUUCCCCUCCUGCGACUCCCUCGCCCCCCUUUCCUCCUCCUCAUCUUCCUCCCCCUCCUCUCCCUCCUUCCUCUACCCCUUCUCCCCUCCCUCCACCCCAGCCCCCGCCACCACCACCACCACCGGCUCCAGGUCAGCUCCUCUCCACCCCUUUCACACCCUCUCCACCACUCUCACAUCAUCUCCACCCUUUUCACAUCUUCUCCCCUCUCCUCCUAGCCCCCCGGGCCCCCCUCCCCCACCUCCUCUUCCGCCUCCCGCACCCCCCCCGACCCACUACCCCUUACUGCCCCCAUUUGGGGAUCUCAACUCCCCUGCAUCCCCCCCUCCCUCCCCCCCUUCACCACCAUCUCCCCCCGUUCCUCCUCCCUCCCCUCCCCUGCCUUCCCCCCCUCCUUCCCCCCUUGCCCCUCCUUCCCCUCCCUUUUCUCCUCCCUUUCCGCCCCCAUCACCUCCCUCCCCCUUUCUCUCCUCCCCUCUGUCCCCCCCUCUUGGUGAUAUGAACUCCCCCACCUCCCCUCCCCCUUCCCCUCCCCGACCCCCCUCCCCCCCUGCUCCUCCCCCUGUCCCCCCUUCUCCUCCAGCCCCCCCUUCUCCCUCUCCAGAUCUCGCCCCUCCCCCUCCAAACCUCGCUCCCCCUCUACCCCUCCCCCCCACAGCCGCGCUCCCCCCCUCCUCUCCGCCUUCCCCUUCGCCCUCAGCGCCCCCUCCCCAAGAACCCCCUGCGCUUCCUUCCCCUCCCCCUCCUCCCCCUUCCCCCUCCCCGUCCCCUCCCCUAUCCCCCCGCCCCCCUCGCAUUCCGCCUAGCCCACCCCCCGUCUCUCCCCCUUCCCCUGCCUCUCCCCCGCCUCCCUUCCCCUCCCCCCCUGCGCGCACACACCCCCCACCUGCCAACUCUAACGAUAUGGGUAAUGCCACAGAGCCUCCCCCUCCUUCACUCCCUAAUCCCCCCCCUCCCUCACUCCCUAAUCCCCCCCCUCCUCCUACUCUUCUCCCCCCUCCUCCUGCCCCUGCUCCCCCACCCUCCCCAUCCCCUCCACCCCACUCUCCCCCAUUUCCCCCCACCCCCCCGUCCGUCUCACCCCCCUCACCUCCCCCCUCUCCUCCUUACACCCUCGGUCCUAUCCUCCCUGCUCCCGUUCUCUCCCCUCCCCAACCCCCUCCCUACCCCCCUCCCCAACCCCCUCCGCACCCCCCUCCUCCUUUCCCUCCUCCAGGCUUCCCCCCUUCUCCCCCCAUUUCUCUCCUCCCUCCCUCGCCUCCAAAAAAGCCUUCCCCCCCUCUCUCUCCUCCCUCCCCCCCCUCCUCUCGUACCCUCACCACCCCUCGCAAAGCCACCUGCCAACUCUCCCGCAACAGAACCCCCGCCACGCCAAAAGCACCUGAAAAACCACCUGCGCCAGCACCAGCAGCACCGCCGCCACACCCGGCGUUCCUACCCCACCCCAACUCCUCCCACGCCCCUGUCACCAUCUGGAGCCCUCCCCCCUCGCCUGUGCUGCCGCCCCCUUCGCCUGUGCUUCCGCCCCCUUCGCCCGUGCUGCCGCCCCCGUCGCUUCCGCUGCCGCCCCCACCGCCGGAUAGCAGAAAUUGUCCCCCCUGCCCAAACACCUACGUCCUCCUCCCCUCCCCCACCCCCUCCUCCGCCUCCCCCGCCGUCCCCCCCUCCGCCCCUCCGCCCUGCACCUGCGGUCUCCCCAUGACCGUGGUCAUGAAGCUCUAUUGCGGCUUCGAUUCCUUCCUCCUCAACCUCCCGGCCUUCACUGCGCAGACUGCCACUUCACUCGUACUACAGAAGGAACAAGUGGAGCUCUAUUGCGGCUUCGACUCCUUCCUCCUCAACCUCCCCGCCUUCACUGCCCAGACGGCCGCCUCGCUCACACUUGUGAAAGAGCAAGUGGAGGUGAGUCAGCGGGUGUGCGGUUGGGCUGAGUGGGUUAUUCACCCUGCGGCCUCCCUUCCCAUGGUGGUGGUCAUGAAGCUCUAUUGCGGCUUCGAUUCCUUCCUCCUCAACCUCCCCGCUUUCACCGCCCAGUCGGCAACCUCCCUCGCACUGCAGCAAGAGCAGGUGGAGGUGAGUCAGUCAGCGGCUCUAUUGCGGCUUCGAUUCCUUCCUCCUCAACCUCCCAGCCUUCACUGCCCAGACGGCUACCUCCCUUGUGCUGCAGAGGGAACAAGUGGAGGUGAGUCUCAGCUGAAUGCAAGCUCAUUCUCUGUUCACACCUUCGGCCUCCCCAUGCUGGUCGUCAUGAAGCUCUAUUGCGGCUUCGAUUCCUUCCUCCUAAACCUCCCCGCCUUCACUGCCCAGACGGCUACCUCCCUUGUGCUGCAGAGGGAACAGGUGGAGCUCUAUUGCGGCUUCGACUCCUUCCUCCUCAACCUCCCGGCCUUCACUGCUCAGACGGCUACCUUGCUCACGCUUGAGAAGGAGCAAGUGGAGCUCUAUUGCGGCUUCGACUCCUUCCUCCUCAACCUCCCGGCCUUCACUGCCCAGACGGCUACCUUGCUCACGCUUGAGAAGGAGCAAGUGGAGGUGUGGACAGUCAACUAUGACCCUGAUCCUGCCCCUCUUCCCCCACUUGUAACCCGGUUACCACAUGCCGUGCAGUCCUCCUCCUCCUCCUCCUCCCGCCCGCCACCUGCCACAGCCGCCCGGCAGCAGCCAAUCACGGACCGGCUGAGUGCAGCAGAGGUGGAUCGCAUCCGACGGCUGCUGUUGAGCGGAUCGCUGGUGCUCGACCGGCAGCUGUUUGGGGCGUAUGAGGUCAUUCUGGUGCUCAAACCAGGUGAACGCCCGCCUCUGCCCCCGCCUCUGCUUCCCCCCUCCACCUCUCCCGCCCCUCCUACCUCCUCCUCCGCCUCCUCCUCCUCCCCGUUCUCCCCCUCGCCUCCCUCCACUCCACCCCCUCCUGCCCCCGGGGGCAUGCCUUAUUGGAAGGUCAUGCUUAUGAUCGUUCUCCCUGCGUUGAUCCUCGCGAUUAUUACUCUCUGUGUGGCGGUGUG